ACACCCUUCAACACGCGGGAUUUCCGGUCUUCCUAUCGCGAGAUCUCCCUGGUGGUGGUGUGGAGCUGUGGGGACUGAAGGUGCGUCCCGGCCUGCAGGUUGCCGGCUGUUCGCGUCUUUUGCCCUGUCACGCCCCGAACCAUGGAGUACAUGACAGAAUCUGUUGACCGCAGCCCGGGACACAUCUUGUGCUGUGAAUGUGGUGUCCCAAUUAGUCCAAAUCCUGCCAAUAUUUGUGUGGCCUGUUUACGAAGUAAAGUUGACAUCAGCCAAGGUGUUCCAAAGCAGGUCUCCAUUUCUUUCUGCAAACAAUGUCAAAGAUAUUUUCAGCCACCAGCAUCAUGGGUACAGUGUGCUUUAGAAUCCAGGGAACUUCUUGCUUUGUGUUUGAAAAAAAUUAAAGCUCCUCUGAGUAAGGUUCGGCUUGUUGAUGCAGGCUUUGUUUGGACUGAGCCUCAUUCCAAGAGACUUAAAGUUAAAUUGACAAUUCAGAAAGAGGUGAUGAAUGGUGCUAUCCUGCAGCAAGUGUUUGUGGUGGAUUAUGUUGUUCAGUCCCAAAUGUGUGGAGACUGCCAUAGAGUAGAAGCUAAGGAUUUCUGGAAGGCUGUGAUCCAAGUCAGGCAGAAGACUCUGCACAAGAAAACAUUCUACUAUCUGGAACAGUUAAUUCUGAAAUACGGAAUGCAUCAGAAUACUCUGCGUAUCAAGGAGAUUCAUGAUGGUCUGGAUUUUUAUUAUUCUUCAAAACAGCAUGCUCAGAAGAUGGUGGAGUUUCUUCAGGGUACAGUUCCCUGUAGAUACAAAUCAUCACAAAGGUUGAUCUCCCAGGAUAUUCAUAGUAACACAUACAAUUACAAGAGUACUUUUUCUGUGGAAAUUGUUCCAAUAUGCAAGGAUAAUGUUGUCUGUCUGUCACCAAAACUGGCACAGAGCCUUGGAAAUAUGAACCAGAUAUGUAUUUGUAUACGAGUAACUAGUGCCAUCCAUCUCAUAGACCCAAAUACCUUACAAGUUGCAGACAUUGAUGGGAACACCUUCUGGAGUCAUCCUUUCAAUAGUUUAUGCCAUCCUAAACAGCUAGAAGAAUUUAUUGUGAUAGAAUGCAGCACAGUCCGAGAUCUGAAGCGAAACGCGGGGGCUGGAGUGAUAUCAAAGAAGCACACCCUUGGGGAAGUCUGGAUCCAGAAGACAUCUGAAAUGGAUACAGAUAAACAGUAUUUUUGCCGGACUCACUUGGGACAUCUUUUAAAUCCUGGAGACCUGGUGUUGGGAUUUGAUUUGGCCAACUGUAACUUAAAUGAUGAGCAUGUCAACAAAAUGAAAUCCGAUAGAGUUCCAGAUGUGGUCUUGAUUAAGAAGAGCUAUGACCGUACCAAACGCCAGCGCCGUAGAAACUGGAAACUGAAAGAGCUUGCAAGAGACAGAGAAGACAUGGACACAGAUGAUGAAAGGCAAUAUCAAGAUUUUCUUGAAGAUCUUGAAGAAGAUGAGGCAAUUAGAAAAAAUGUCAACAUUUACAGAGAUUCAACCGUCCCUGUGGAAAGUGACACAGAUGAUGAAGGAGCGCCUCGAAUUAGUCUGGCUGAGAUGCUUGAAGACCUUCGUAUUUCUCAAGAUGCUACUGGUGAAGAAGGUGCAUCAAUGAUGUCAUGAUGAGUCAUAUGCUGUUUGCAUAUCCGUGAACUUAGGAAGUUGGCAAAAUAAUCUUGAUUGUAUAGUACAUGUAUUCCCUUAUAUUUUGUUUUUUUUGUUUUUUUUUUGUUUUUUUCUGGAGCUGAGGACUCCCUUAUAUUUUGAAAGGAGAAAUUUUACCUUAAACUUGAAUAAAUUACUAUUUUGAUUGUUCACUUAAA